AUGAUUCCUGAUUCAGUUCAAGGAGCUGUUAAAUGGAUUACAUAUACGAAUCCAGUCGUUACUAACUCAGUACAAGGGUUUAAUUCAAUGCUAAAUUGGGUUGGAAUAACAAGUUCUAGUGAAAAACAAAAAAUUAUGAAGAUGGAGAAUCAAAAUAUAUUUCAAAUGCUUGGAAAAAAUAUCUAUAUCUAUAAAAUGGCCGGCCUUUUAGGAGCAUCUGCUGUUAUAUUAGGAGCUUAUGGUGCUCAUGUUGUAGCUCAUAAAGCUAACCCUGAAGAAAUAAGAAAUUUUGAAACAGCAAAUCGGUAUCAUUUUUACCAUACUUUUGCAUUAUUUGGUGUACCAUUUUGUCGUUUUCCUAGAAUUACUGGGGCACUCUUUAUUAGUGGAACUUUAAUAUUUUGUGGUACAUGUUAUUACAACGGACUGACAGGAGAUAAAACAUUCAACAAAUAUACACCCACUGGGGGUAUGUUAUUAAUUGCUGCUUGGAUGUCAAUGAUUCUUUAG